AUGAAUCCUUCGAGUUGGAAUAAUAUUAACAACAACAACAACAACUCUUCAUCUUUGAUUACUGGAAAACAAAUUUCUACAUCGGAAGGAAAAUCAGUGUCUUGCUCUCCUUCUUCGAAUUCGUUGUUCACUAAUGAAAUGAUGGCGUCAUCGUCGUCUUUGAAUGUAGGAUCCACUCAACCACAAAUUUCACACUUUACAACACCACUCACCAAUGAAAUGUUAAAUUCGAUUCGGAAUGAUAUUCACAUGACGACGACAUCAUCAUCAUCAAUGGGCCAUUUAAGAAGUAAUAAUUCUCUAGUAUCGAAUGUAUCUAACUCCAUCCUCACACCAACUCCGAGUCUUCCUCUCUCACAACAACAACAACAACAUCUGUCAGUAAUCAUUCCCUCUCCAACCCUUUCCACCUCCCUACAUCUAGAGAAUUUAAAUCCAACCCUCUCAACCCUUCCAACAACAACAAGUUCGACCAGCACUCCCUCUCCUCUCACUCCUUCCUCAACCACAAGUGCCACUUCCACACCUAUGAACACAUUUCUCAAAUUAAAUGUCGAAGAACUUUUAGUGGAUUUACAUCAAGAGCAGCAACAUCACCAAAUACAGCAACAAACUUUAGGUCAUCAUCCUCAUGUAUUGAAUCCAAGCUCAAAAUUAGUGCCGUCUUGUUCAUCGACAACCAAUUUGAAUAGUUCGAUAGCAUUUUCACAACAAGUUUCUCAAUUUCACACAACGCAACAACCAUCAAAUCAAUCAUCAUUCACUCAAUCCUUCAUGACACAACCACCAUCUCAAAGAGUCAAUUCGAACAUGAUCCUCUCCAACAACAAUACUUCAUUUCCGAAUCGGAUCAUGCAAAAUUUAUAUGAAACUCAAAAUGCACAACAACCAUUAUUGCAAGAUGUGACAUCUUCGGGAGUUUCGAAUAUCGCAUCGACCAUGCCAAACUCAUUGUUGAAUCAAGUGGUGAUGAAUGCUUCUUCGAGUGCUGGUGUCGCAACUUCGACAUGUUCACAAAUGUUGUUGCCCAAGCAAUUUACAAUAUUUGGGAAUUCUGAUGCAGCAACGUCUCUCAUGAUGUCAAAUAUCCUUUCAAGUACUCUUCCAAAUACUCUUGAUGACCAAAGUAGGAAAUCGUCAACCACCACACAGUUUGUGCCAUCUCCUUUGCCAAGUAGUGGUGGUUGUGCUCCUCACGUGAUAAAUUCUUUGGCAUCAUCUUCGUCCACUUCUUCCGAUAUUCAUCAAGCAAAUACCACUUCCACUCCGAAUGCAUUUACAACGUUUCAUGUUUCGAAUCAUCAUCACGAGAGUAUUCAUGUGACGCAAUUAUCGAGUACGUUGGGAGAGCCAGUGACAGAGUUGAGCAUGAUGUUUCAAGACGCUCCACCUUACGUUUCGAAUCCUCAAAAACACAAAUUGACGAAAAAGAAAAAGAGUGGAGUGGCAGGUGACACAACUUCGAUGGGAGAAAUGUCACCCACCCUGUCACAAUCUUCUUCGAAAAAGAGAAGUUCUAUUCCUUCGACCUUAUCAGAAGGAGGCAUGUCGUCAAGAAAGAAGAACAAGAUGAGCGGUCAAAUGUCGAACAUGCAAUCGAGCCUUCCUCCCUUAAAAAUCAUUCCAUCCUCAUUGACAAGUGUCACCUUUCACAACACCUCUUCACAAGUGACCUCUACCACUCCUACGGCCACCACUCCUUCGAAUAUUUCCAUCUCGAGUGGUUCCUUCAUGGGCAGUAGUAGUGGAAGUGGUGGUGGAAAUAUCCAAUUUGUCACUAAUGAAUUUCAGGAAUUCAAAUCUGGUCAACAUGAAACACAAAAACGACAACGAAAAGAAAGAAUUUACAAAUUCUAUUCGACAGUGCCUUCGAAUUUUUCGACAACGACUUCGACGACGGGAGGUGCAAGCACUUUAUCAAUGAAUGAAAAUUCUUCAACGUCACAGCAAUCACAUCAGACACAACAUGAAGAACGAUCUCCUUCUUUUUCAUCCUCUUCUGCAACUCCACCACGAAUGUAA